GCUAAAGUUGGCUAGCCUGCUAGUUUUUUUGGGUUGAUAGCUUGCGAACGUAAAUUACUUCCAGACAUUGAGAACACUUCACUCUGACAAUUUUGCUCGCCAUAGCAGAGCUAGUUAGGCUGUUUUCUAGAGCGUUAGUGACUGUAACUGUGUUGCUAGCAACAAUUUAAUUCCGUUUUUUGUCAUCCUUUACUGACACAUGUCAAAGGGUGUUUUGCGUUCGUAAAUUCAUCAGUUAAUCUGUGCUCUGGCACAUACGAGUAUCACUGGUAUAGCUACCAAUGAUUUGUGUGAUCUAGUUGUACUUUUACUUCCGCAUUUAGAUCUUCUGAGCACAUAACCCCAACUACCACACUGGAUGUAGCUAGCUGGUCGUAGAUUUGACGAUUAUUAGUGUGAGUUAGCUACUAGAUAAUUGAAACAGUUACUGCUUAACUCAAGAAAUAGCUAGCUAUGUCCAAACCAAAGUUUGUUGUGUUUGACCUGGAUUAUACUCUUUGGCCCCUCUGGGUGAGUAGCUAUGUGGACCCACAAUUUCACAAAGACAAAGAGGGAGUGGUGUUGAAUGCAAGGAGGGAGAAAAUCCAACUGUACCCGGAAACGGUGGACAUAUUGACUUCUCUACAUGGCCAAGGGAUCCAGAUUGGAGUGGCAUCACGCACAGAGGAGGUGGAUGGAGCCAAUCAGCUGUUGUCCCUCUUCAAUCUCAACCAAUACAUAUCCUUCAAGGAAAUAUACCCGGGGUCAAAGGUCCCUCACUUCAAAAAGCUCCAGGCAGACAGUGGAUUCAAAUUCAGUGAGAUGAUGUUCUUUGAUGACGAACACAGGAACAUCACAGRAGUCAGUCGACUAGGUGUGCACUGUGUUCUGGUCCCUGAAGGAGUGACUAUGAAAUUAGUCAAUGAAGCGCUUCUGCAGUUCUCCCAGGGUGCAAAAUGAGGACUUGAGGACAGAGUUGAUGCAAUACAUAUAGAGUGCCUUGCAAAGGUAUUCAUCCCCCUUGGCGUUUUUCCUAUUUUGUUGCAUUACAACCUGUAAUUUAAAUUGAUUUUUAUUUGGAUU